AUGUCCAAACUUGCUGUGCUUUUUGUUUGCAGCCUUUUAAUUGGAACCGAGUGCAACUAUUUUGGAGAUCUUUUCAAGUGCAAUGAUGAGCUGCUUAAAUGCCAAGAAUCUGAAGUCAGAUUGGGAAAGUUUAAUGAGAUUUCCAAUGGUUACAACAGAAAUUGCAGUCGGGAAAUUGGUGCCAAGUGGAGUAAUGUCACGAGCUGUGAACUGGAAGCAGUGAGGUGCUUAAUAAACCAGAUGAAAGGCUUGACAUUAAAUUGUGAAAAUAUUGCUGAUAUUAUGCAUUUAUGA